CUGCGGGGUCAACACCAAUCCAAUUGUGUUGCUCGACCUCGGGAUUAAAAAGUGAUGAUAUUAUCAAUCCUCUCGAUCUUGCUUGUUUCUUUGUAAGACGAGUAGUAUUAUACUGUCAUCCCCUUCAGAUCUCACUUUCUCAUAUAUCUUUCGGAACAUCUGUAUCAGAAAAAGGAAAGUUUGACUAUAUUUAUCUACUCCAACUUCCACAAUGGCCCCCUCACUUCCUUUCGAACUCAAGGACCCUGAUCUCUUUCACCAGGAGUCAUACGUGGACGGAAAAUGGGUAGGAGCCAAGAGUGGUAAGCGCUUCGACAUUGUCGACCCUGGCAGCGACAAGGCUUGGGCGUCGUGUCCGGAUAACGCCACUGAGGAUGUCGACGCCGCCAUCCAGUCCUCGUACAAGGCCUUCAAGGAAUACAGCGUCUUGAACCCUCGCAAACGGGCACAAUUGCUGAUGAAAUGGCACGAGCUCAUCACCGCCGCCAGAGACGAUCUCGCCAAGAUCCUGACAUAUGAGACGGGCAAGCCUCUCGCCGAAGCUUACGGCGAGCUCGACUACUCUCUCGGCUUCACGUGGUGGUUUGCGGGCGAGGCCGAGCGCAUCCAGGGGUCGGUCUCUGUCCCCGCGGCACCCAACCGCCGCGUCUUCGUCAUCAAGCAGCCGAUCGGUGUCGCCGUGGCCCUGGUGCCAUGGAACUUCCCAAUCGCCAUGAUCCUGCGUAAAGCGGGCGCGGCCUUCGCCGCAGGCUGCACCAUGGUCGUCAAGCCCAGCCCCGAGACACCCCUAACGUGUCUGACGCUCGCACACCUCGCCAGCAAAGCCGGCUUCGCUCCGGGAGUGUUCAACGUGCUGACAACCAGUCUCGACAACACGCCUAGCCUAAGCGAGGCGAUGAUCGUGCACCCGCACGUCAAAAAGGUGACGUUCACUGGAUCGACGCGCGUGGGUAAGAUCGUGGCCGGACUAUGCGCCAAGGGCCUGAAGAAAUGCACGCUCGAACUCGGCGGCAACUGUCCAUUCAUCAUCUUCGAUGACGCCGACCUCGAGCAGGCGCUUGGCCAGCUCAUGGCCUUAAAGUGGCGCCACGCAGGUCAGGCUUGUAUCACCGCGAACAGGGUGUAUGUCCAGGCGGGCGUGUACGACAAGUUCACGGAGAUGCUGGUCGAGAAGACCAAGACCCUGAAAGUCGGCCAUGGCGCGGAGAAGGACACCACGAUGGGUCCCGUCACAACGCCCCGUGGUCUGGCCAAGGCUGAGGAACAGGCUGCCGACGCCGUCAAGCAUGGCGCCAAGUUGAUCCUUGGUACGGGCAAGGCGCACAAGAAUGCGACGGCAGACGAGGGCGCCGGCGAAGGUAAAGGAGUUGGCGGGUAUUAUAUGGACCCGACUAUCUUGACGGAAAUGAAUGAGCAAAUGUUGUUGGCUCGCGAGGAGACCUUUGCCCCUGUCACGGGUCUUUUCAAGUUCGAGAAGGAGGCGGAGGCUGUGGAAUGGGCGAACAAUACGUCCAUGGGUCUUGCGAGUUACGCUUUCACCAAGAAUGUCGACCGAUUGUGGAGGAUGUUGGAGAAUCUGGAGGCUGGCAUGAUUGGACUGAAUACUGGAAACGGCUCUGCUGCAGAGUCGCCUUUUGGUGGUAUCAAGGAGAGCGGCUACGGCAAGGAGUCCGGCAAGGAUGUCGCGGUGAAUGAGUACCUCAUCUCCAAGACUGGUACUUUCACUAUCGCGGAUCAGUACUAGACUGGACCUUGUGACUGGGCAGUCUCAUCCAGAUUGCAGUGUGUUUAGUCAUGUGAGUGUUGAAUGCAGGACGUCGCAGUUGAAAAUAGUUGUGACAGAAAGAUAGUAACAUGUACAAAAUGAAAAACGCGACAUAUGAGUGAAUUGAGCAUGAUCUCUUCAUAUCGUUAUGGUUGUGCCAAUAUGACAUGGCACUUGGGGUCGACCACUCCACGUUCACU